AGAACAAAUAAAAGGAGAAGAUACUUGCGUGCAAGAGAGCGAUGAAGCAAGCUGGCAAGCCAUUUUCUUAGCAAUCUUAAGAUGUUGUCUGGGAAAUGAAGGAACUUACCUUCAGGUUUCUGUGGUGAGACACCAAAUGCACUCAACUUCCUCUUUCAACAACAAAUUUGCCAGUUAUCAGUAGGCUCUGAGCCACCAAGAGUUAGACUUUUUCACCCCAAACGCCCUGCAAAGAAACAAGCCCAGCAAGGCUCCAAGGGAUUAUAACUUCACGGCUUACCUUGCUGAAGUAUUCAAGAUGGGAAACAACAGUACCAGCAAUGCUGAGAAUCACUGCAGUGUCCCCCAUUUGACAUUUCAUUACUCUCUCUAUGCAACCACCUACAUCCUCAUAUUCAUCCCUGGUCUGCUGGCCAACAGUGCAGCCUUGUGGGUUCUGUGCCGCUUUAUCAGCAAGAAAAAUAAAGCCAUUAUUUUCAUGAUAAACCUCUCUGUGGCUGACCUUGCCCACGUGUUGUCCUUACCCCUCCGGAUUUAUUAUUACAUCAGCCACCAUUGGCCUUUCCAGAGGAUCCCUUGUCUGCUAUGCUUCUACCUGAAGUAUCUCAACAUGUAUGCCAGCAUUUGUUUCCUGACAUGCAUCAGCCUUCAGAGGUGCUUCUUUCUCCUCAAGCCCUUCAGGGCCAGAGACUGGAAGCGUAGGUAUGAUGUAGGCAUCAGUGCUGCCAUAUGGGUCAUCGUGGGUACUGCCUGUUUGCCAUUUCCCAUCAUGAGAAGCACAGACUUAGCCAACAACACUGAGUCCUGCUUUGCUGAUCUUGGUUACAAGAAAAUGAAUGCAGUGGCUUUGGUUGGGAUGAUUACAGCUGCUGAACUGGCAGGAUUUGUGAUUCCAGUAGUCAUCAUUGCAUGGUGUACCUGGAAAAUGACUAUAUCCUUGAGACAACCACCUAUGGCUUUCCAAGGAAUCAGUGAAAAGCAGAAAGCACUGAGGAUGGUUUACAUGUGUGCUGCAGUCUUCUUCAUCUGCUUCACUCCCUAUCAUAUUAACUUUAUUUUUUAUACCAUGGUAAAGGAAACUAUCAUUAGUAGUUGUCCCAUUGUCCAAAGCACACUGUAUUUCCAUCCUUUUUGUCUAUGCCUUGCAAGUCUCUGCUGCCUUUUGGAUCCAAUUCUCUAUUACUUCAUGGCCUCAGAAUUUCGUGACCAACUAUCUCGCCAUGGCAGCUCUGUGACUCGUUCCCGCCUAAUGAGCAGGGAGAGUGGUUCAUCAAUGAUUGGCUAAAAAUAAAACAACUCUCGAUUAUUGCUUUGUUUAACUAUGUUUCAUUGUUUUUGUCAAAGACCAAAAGGACUAGAGAGACAGUUUCUUUAACUGAACUUUGGGAACAACAGAAAUAUCUGUGCUCACAGGGGUGUGACAAUAGAGGCAGAGUGUGAAAUGUGGGAGAGGAAGGGAAAAUGUGAUUUGCCUGUUUCCUCUUUGAAAUUCAAGUCACUUUCUUACUUGAGAGAUUUAGAUCAAGAUUUUACAGAUGUUUUAAACAAAUGAAAAUUGCAUAUUUUAUCUUAAACCUUUCUUUAGUAAAUGUGAUGCUGUUAAUGAUACAAUAAAUGCAUGAAUCCUUCACACAAUGCAAAAGCAAAUUUCUUUCAAAUGAAGAAUAUUACCUGUAAAUGACAGCAAAAAUUUAUCAGGUCUUUAUAAGGGAUGAGUACACAGGCAAGAGUUUGUGAGCAUUGAAGCAACAUGUGAAUAAAUUUGAGGAUACAAAUCCUUACUGAAGAAAAGGCAUGGGAAUGUGUUCAUUCAAUGAAAAUAUAUUGGAUGCCUAUUGUAUUCUGGGUUGCCAUUCUCUCAGGUAUUUUCACCUACAGCAUCUCAUCUGGCUUUUCUAAUAAACUUGUGGAAGUUUCCAAUCCAAAUAAAUAAAUGAAACCUCA